GAGUCACCAUUUCGACAUGUCACAGCCCGCCUUCCUUCGCAUCGCCCGUCAUGGAAACGAAGGCAUCUUCCCUGUCCUUUAUAGGAGGGUGCCAUGCAAGAGGAGAGGCGGGGUCCGGUUCACAUUGAAAGGACAAUCGAAUUUCAACAUGGUGAUGAUCUCGAACGUCGGAGGCGGCGGCAACGUGAAGGCGGCGUGGAUAAGGGGGUCGAGAACGAGAACAUGGCUGCUGAUGAAUAGGAACUGGGGUGCGAAUUGGCAAAGCAGCGUUGAUCUAAGAAACCAAAGACUGUCGUUUAAGGUCAUGUUGGUGGAUGGCAAAACAUUGGCAUUUCUCAACGUUGUUCCUUCUACGUGGAAGUUUGGGCAAACCUUUGAUUCAAAACGACAGUUCUUUUAACUAAUACUACGCCAAGACAAAUUAAUGUCUUUGAAACCAUUAUUUUAUUAAAAUUGGUGGUUUUAAGAUUAAAAAAGAGAAAUAAUGACAUGAUAAAAACGUCAUUACAGUUUUCUUUUAACUAAUUUAUUUUUUGCA